AUGGCCACCCCCCAGAUCACCCUCACCAGCUCCGAUGGUGUCGAUGUCACCGUGGAGCGCACCGUCGCUGAGCGAUCCGUCCUGAUCAAGAACAUGCUCGAGGAUCUCGGUGACUCCGGCGAGGCCAUCCCCAUUCCCAACGUCAACGAGGCCGUCCUCCGCAAGGUCAUCGAGUGGUGCGAGCACCACAAGAACGACCCCCCCACCGCCGGUGACGAGGACGACAACCGCCGCAAGACCAGCGAUAUCGAAGAGUGGGACCAGAAGUUCAUGCAGGUCGACCAGGAGAUGCUUUUCGAGAUCAUUCUGGCUGCCAAUUACCUCGACAUCAAGGCUCUACUGGACGUCGGCUGCAAGACUGUCGCCAAUAUGAUCAAGGGCAAGUCUCCCGAGGAAAUCCGCAAGACAUUCAACAUUCAGAACGAUUUCACUCCCGAGGAGGAGGAUCAGAUUCGCCGCGAGAACGAGUGGGCCGAGGAGUGA